AGCCAGAAACCUUGCAAAAUUUGCUUCAAGGCAGUGAAAAGAUGGCGUUGUUUCCACACUGGUCGCCUUCUGCUUGAUUCUUCUAACCGCUACAUGCCACAACCUAUAUUUGUAGAAUGUGAUGUUUUUGAAGGACCCUAGUAGUGGAUGAAUUUUUCACUGUGAGGACUUGACUGAAACUGUUAUCAUGUGGUUCCUUUCAUCUGUGAUGACUGGUGUGAUCUUGCUUCUUAGUAUGGAAUAUGCUCUACUCAAUGCAGUUUCAACGGUCCCUCAACCCUCUGGCUUUUGUGCACCAUACAACGGAAAGGUGUGUCGUAAGUUCCUGGCAAGAUCGGACUGGGUUUGGUACAAUUUAACAGAUGAUGAAACUGCUGCUGCGGGGUGGCUCAGUGAGCAGAUAGUGCAAAAUUUAUGGGAGGAGAUGAAUGAGAAAUUAAAAGAGCCAUGUCGCAGUAAUGCCGAACAACUACUGUGCACCUAUGCUUUUCCAAAAUGCACGGUGAGAGGAGGCCAUCAAACCCCAUUACCUUUAUGCAGGGAAGAUUGUCUGGCCGUCAGCAAACUGUUCUGUUACAAUGACUGGGCACUAGUGGAGGACAACAAACUCACUUUCAAAGCCAAAGGUCCAUUUCGACUUCCCAAUUGUGAUGUUCUUCCCUCCUACAUUCCUGUUAAACAUGUGCGGAAUGCCAAUGUCAGCUCUCCUCCGUACCAACCAGAAGGCUCUGUUUGUUCUCCUGCUAAUCUGACGGAAGUGAAACAUGAUCAAGUUACACGGGACUGUAUCAAAGGCCGGGGAAGAUUUUAUCAGGGCUUUGUGAAUGUAACUAAAAGUGGCUUGCCCUGUCAGAAGUGGGACGUGCAAGAGCCUCAUGAGCAUGACAGGCCUCCCAAUGUUUUCCCCGAAGUUCAGAAUGCGGAGAACUAUUGCCGCAAUGCUGGCGGUGAAGAGCAUGCGCCCUGGUGUUACACAAUGGACCCCAUAGUACGCUGGCAGCAUUGUGAUAUACCUCCAUGUGAAAAUACUACAGACGCUGUAUUGCAGGAUUUGGAACUUUGGGACCUUAAAAUGGAUGACCUGUUUUCUCCUGCCUUCAUCUCGGUGUUGGGUAUGAUUGGUUUUGUGACACUUGCCCUCACUCUCUUUUUAUUGAUAGCAUGUUCCCGAUUGAUCAAGCGGCGCCUUCAGAAUGGGUACACUCCUCCAGCAAAUCAAGAUCUUAAUAAUAUUGAUCUUGACAAGCUACCAGACAAUAUGUCUUACCAUCGCACUGGGGCCCAGCUAAAUCCUAAAUUGGAAAAACUGGAGUUUCCUAGAAAUGAUAUAAUUUAUAUCAGAGACCUUGGGCAAGGGGCCUUUGGCAGGGUCUUCCAGGCUAAAGCACCCGGACUCAUUAAGGGGGAAGAAUUCACUCUUGUUGCCAUAAAAAUGUUGAAAGAUGAAGCAUCGGACGAUUUACAGAAAGACUUUGAAAGAGAGGCUUGUCUUCUGUCUGAAUUUGAACAUCCAAACAUUGUCAAACUCCUGGGGGUGUGUGCCAUUGGGAGGCCGAUGUGCCUUCUCUUUGAGUACAUGGGCCGAGGUGAUCUGAAUGAAUUUCUACGAAGUUGCUCUCCUAGUAACUACAUUGUUCGAAGCUCUGAUGGCGAAAGGGAUGUCUUUCGAGAUGUGCAGUUAACACCAUUGGAUCUUCUCAAGAUAUCCAUUCAGAUUGCUGCUGGUAUGAAAUAUCUCUCUGACCGGAAAUUUGUUCAUCGUGAUCUAGCGACCCGCAACUGUCUCAUCAAUGACCAAAUGGUUGUCAAGAUUGCAGACUUUGGUCUGUCUCAAAAGAUCUAUUUACAGGAUUACUACAAGGGAAAUGAACAUGAUGCUAUUCCUGUACGCUGGAUGCCUUUAGAAAGCAUCAUGUACAAUAAGUACACUGUUGAGUCAGAUGUGUGGGCAUUUGGUGUCUGUCUCUGGGAAAUAUUUUCCUUUGCUCUGCAGCCAUAUUAUGGAAUGACGCAUGAAGAGGUUGUCAAGUACAUUAAAGAUGGUCACACUUUACAGUGUCCAGAAAAUACUCAUCGUUCAAUCUUUGAACUCAUGCGAUCUUGUUGGAAUUUAAAGCCGACUCUUCGACCUAGUUUCCACGUUCUUUAUGAUAAUCUGGAACGCAUUCACGAUGACAUCCAACGUUCGUGUAGCUACGGAAAUCUGCCUCCUCAAGUACAUAUAUGAGAAGAGCUACCCGAGCGCGUUGGUCAUUCAUCGCGCAAGGGUUGUGUGCUUAUGUAAGAGUCCAUACCUAAAUCAUGGUUUAAGCGUGCAUCAUUUUAUGUGAUUUUUAUGUACCAGUUUAAAACAUAGACUUGCAGUAACUUUUCUCGAAUGAUUGGAAUGUUUAAUGAUUAGGUUUUAAUGCGGCCAAUGUAAAUAAUGCAGGCUACAUCAGACGCCAUUAAAGUAACUUUUUAGAAUAUACUGUAUAUUCUAUAUAGAAGUUCAGUGACAUGAAAAUGACUUGAUUCAUUUACCUUUUAGCACUUUUUUCCUAUUAUUUGUCAUGUAUUAUCCAAUUCAUACUUGUUUUGCAAUUGGUUUCUUCCAUUUUUUAUGUGGAAACAUCAUUUUCAUUGAUGGUCUCAAACCCUGUACUCCUGUAAGAUGUUCUGGCCAAAUUUUAUAACAGAUAGGACUGAUCUCAAUUAGAAUUUUCCUGCAAGGACAUUUUUACUUAGUUGGCAUUUGUAUAAAGUGGCAAUUCUGAUUUACCACACUGCUUUUCAUCAAAAUGUCAAUUACUAUUUUAUGUACAAAUCCCUUUAAUGGAUCUUCCAAGUUGACAUUCCAGUAAUUUUGACUCUUACUCUCUCUUUAUUAUAAGGACACUUUUUUAUGUGGAUACAUAAAUUAUUUCUUGAAGAGGAAAUGGGGGGAAUGAAUCUCCACUGCCCUUUCAAAGCACAUUAAGUGCAUUUUAUUUCUGAUCUGUGUAUCUGGUAUGUUUAAACUACUUUUACAUCACUAUGAUCAUCUCUAUGUGACAUGUUUGUGUGGGCCUGAAACUGAAUCUUUGGCCAAAUUGUUACCCAUUAUCUUUUAUCUAACUUGUUUACCCUGUUUUAAGAAAUGGUGUGUCACUGUAGUGUGAAAGGUGUGCUCAUUUUAAAUAAUCACUGUAUUUGUACUGUAUAUUCUGAAAGUGUGCGCCUACCCUGUAGUGUAUGUGUGUUCGAAUAUUUACAAUGCUUCUGUUUCGUAUCUUGCUAAUACACUCUUUGUUAAUACAAAGGUUUCAGAAUGCUGUCUCCAGAGUAUUAGUUGUGACAUGAGACUUCUAUAAAGAAACUUUAAUCUCUUGUAAGUCAUUAUUUAAUGCCAAAACAAAGCCAAAAUCAGUAGGUCUUUUUGGAGAAUGACCAAAUUUACUGUAGAAUAAGGUUUGUUUCCAGCAUCAUAAAUGCAUUUAAUAGCAUGUGGAUACUAUAGUUUUAUUAUUCCAGAAGUAUUUUUCUUUACUUUAUAAUCAUUGUAUGAUGUAUACAAAUAUUUUCAUUGAUUGUGGAAACCACUAAGAACACUUUGUCUGGUAUAUUGACUGUUGCCUGAUACCCUUAAAUGCUUUACUCGGCAACAUUUAUAUUGUGUUAAGCAUUAGGUAUAAGCAAUACUGGUAAUAUAUGCAUGGUUGAUUUCCUUUUUUAAUCUUUAAUGAUGUAGUGGCAACAUAUGUUGGGGCUUAUGUUGGCAUGAACUGCAUUCUUACCUGUAAAUGUGUGUAUGAUAAUGUAAUUUGAAUGUGAAACAGGGAACUUUAACUUUCCUGUACUGUGAUGAUGAUGUUUUUGUGUUUGUAAGUUCCUCAAUAUUUCUUUUCAUCUCUUUUGUAACUUUCCUAAUGUCUGGUACUUAAUUUAUGGCAUUAGGUAUGUGUUUUCUGUCUUGUUCACUUUUAUUUGCUUCAUGUUAUGUUGUUUUUAGUGUUUAGUGGCAUAUCGAAGGAUUAUUGUUUUGUGAUUAUUCGUUUGAAGUUUGCAAUUGUUGCAUAUCGCCCAGCUGUCGGGGUUUUUGUUGUUGUUUCUGUUAGUGUGUGUGGCUUGUCAGCAAUGCUUUUCAUGUGGCUGUUUAUGUUUUAUCCUGGGUUUGCACUCUGUUUGGUUAUUUCUUAGCACUGAAUCCCAUGCAGUGAUCAAGUAUCAUGCAUUGUCUAUGUCGUACCUCUUUUAUGCUCAAUAACUCACGACAUGACUGAAUGAAAGGAUAUAUGAAUGAAUGGGUGGAUGAAUGGAUGAACAAUAGUGGUGUCAGUUUCUAACUCAAACAAUGAAUUUGCUUUCUUGUGUACGUUCUCAGAGAAGAGAGUGCUGAAUUGGUUCUUGUUUCUAGCUACUUUGACUGAGCUGGCCAUCUUUCUUUAGUUCAGGCCUCAGGAAAGGAUUCCAUCCAAAACCUCAAUUCAUUAUUUUUCAAUGGUUGAUGCUUGGAUGGAAUAAUUUCCUAAAGACCUGCUUGGUCAGAAUUUGUCUCACAGCAAUUCUGAAGCUUACAUUUACAUAAACAAUUCUGUAAAUGUAUUGCUCUUUCUUGACUGAUACAAUUUUUUUAAAAUUGUAAGGUGGAUUUAUUUUCUACUACUUUGUUGUAGUAAAGCCGACUGCCUUACAUUUUCCCCAUUUGACUGUAAUACUGAUUUUAUUUUCUGUGAGAUACGGGGAGGGAUUUUCUUUCAGUUCAUUGAUUAAAAGAAUCCUUCCAUCGCAGAAUCUACUCAGCACUGAAAGAAGAGACAAUAACCUUCAUUGAAGGUAUUGGGACCAAAGAAAAUCUGCACAAGCUAGCAACAUGAAACCUUUUGCUGAAAAUUCUUAGGUGGAAAGAUUCACUGUGGAAGUUUGGUUGUAGCUAUUUGGUACUCUGAAAUUUGAUUGUCAGGAAGUUAAGGUUUCCACUUUUGGUUUUAGUGCUUUUUAAUUUAGUGAGUCUCUAGGUAGUGCAACAUGCCCUGCUUCAGCCAUAAUUGGCAAUGCGCACAUAUAAGCCAUGUUAAUGUGUACAUAUCUGCAUUGGAAAGAUGUGCGUACUUUAUUUGUGUUUAAUUUACCUGAUGCUCUUUAUAACUUCUUCCGUCUAGUCAUACAAUACAUUCAUGUUGGACAUCACAAUUUGAUUAAGCAAAUUUUUUGUGAUACCGUUUGUGUUUCAUUAAUAAAAUGUGUGGCCAGUCCUGAUAA